AAUGAACAUGGCGGUGGCGGUGACUUCACGGUUCGUGUUGCAGCAUUGCAGAGAAUUGAAAUUGAAUUUCAAACAUGCAAGUUGUGCAUUGGCUAUUAUAUCAAACCGAAAUAUGCAUUUUACAUUCGUUGCAGAAAAACCACCGGAGGAAAAAGGAGAAACAGUGAAACUCAAUAUGUUUCAAGCGAUCAACAGCGCUCUGGACAUCGCUCUGGAAAAAGAUCCGUCAGCAGUUGUAUUUGGUGAAGAUGUGGCGUUUGGAGGAGUAUUUCGCUGUACAUUAGGACUUCAGAAAAAAUAUGGGAAAGAAAGGGUAUUUAAUACACCAUUAUGUGAACAAGGAAUUGCUGGAUUUGGGAUUGGUUUAGCAAAUGUUGGUGCUACUGCAAUUGCAGAGAUGCAGUUUGCAGAUUAUAUAUUUCCUGCAUUUGAUCAGCUUGUGAAUGAAGCGGCAAAAUGCAGGUAUCGAAGUGGAAAUAUGUUUGAUUGUGGAAGCCUAACAGUUCGAGCACCAUGCAGUGCUGUGGGUCAUGGAGGACUGUAUCAUUCUCAGAGCCCUGAAGCUUAUUUUGCUCAUACACCAGGACUGAAGAUUGUCAUUCCACGUGGGCCUAUUAAAGCCAAAGGAUUGCUUCUGUCAUGUAUUAGAGACAAGGACCCAUGUAUUUUCUUGGAACCCAAAAUUCUCUAUCGUGCUGCUGUUGAAGAAGUUCCUGUUUCUGACUAUUCUUUACCCAUUGGAAAAGCAGACGUUCUCCUAGAGGGCGACGCGGUGACGCUGGUGGGCUGGGGCACGCAGGUGCACGUGCUGCGCGAGGCGGCGGAGAUGGCCCGCGACCGCCUCGGAGUGGCGUGCGAAGUCAUCGACCUGGUCUCCAUUCUGCCCUGGGACCGCCACACCGUCUGCGAGAUAACGUAUUUACGUGAUGUACUGGAAGGUUGUUUUUUCUCUAGUAUAGGUUUAAAGGAGAAAUUAUUCAGUGAGCUCUUUUAUAAUAUUAUUAGAGGUAAAGCAUUAUAA